AUGACUGUCAACUGUUCUCUGUGGCAGGAGAACAGCGUGUCUGUCAAACGCUUUGCAUUUGCCAAGUUCUCUGAGGUCCCUGGAGAAUGCUUCCUCCUGUUCACCCUCAUCCUGCUCAUGUUCUUAGUAUCACUAACAGGAAAUGCUCUCAUAGCCCUUACCAUCUGUACCAGUCCAUCUCUACACACCCCCAUGUACUUCUUUCUAGCCAACUUGUCUCUCCUGGAGAUUGGCUAUACUUUUUCUGUCAUACCCAAGAUGCUGCAGAGCCUUGUGAGUGAGGCCCGAGGGAUCUCUCGGGAGGGAUGUGCCACACAGAUGUUUUUCUUCACACUUUUUGGUAUAAGUGAGUGCUGCCUAUUGGCGGCCAUGGCCUUUGACCGCUGUAUAGCCAUAUGCUCCCCACUCCACUAUGCAACCCGAAUGAGUCGUGGGGUAUGUGCCCAUUUGGCAAUUGUUUCAUGGGGAACAGGUUGCAUUGUGGGGUUGGGACAAACCAAUUUUAUUUUCUCCUUAAACUUUUGUGGGCCCUGUGAGAUAGACCACUUCUUCUGUGACCUUCCACCUCUCCUGGCACUUGCCUGUGGAGAUACAUCCCAAAACGAGGCUGCCAUCUUUGUGGUAGCAAUCCUCUGUAUAUCUAGUCCGUUUUUACUGAUCAUUUAUUCUUAUGUCAGAAUUCUGGUCGCAGUGCUCGUGAUGCCUUCACCUGAGGGGCGCCAUAAAGCUUUUUCCACCUGUUCGUCCCACCUACUUGUAGUCACACUCUUCUAUGGCUCAGGAUCCAUUAACUACUUGAGGCCCAAAUCUAGCCAUUCACCAGGAAUUGAUAAACUCUUGGCUCUCUUCUACACAGCAGUGACAUCCAUGCUGAACCCUAUCAUCUAUAGCCUAAGGAACAAGGAAGUCAAGGCAGCACUGAGAAAAACUCUGGGUCUGAAGAAAGUUCUGAUAAUGAAUAGGUAA